GAGUUUUUGUUAAACGGUCACUUUUGGGCGGCAACUCAGGCGCGUUGGAACAAGUCGCUUGUAGCCGGAGCGUAGCUAUAGAAAAAGGACAACGCCACAAGGAUUCUAUAAAGUCAACAUGGAGGCGGCAACAACUGACAAUGCUGUGGAGCAUCCUGAACUAAUGCGCACCCCAUGGUUUAUGUUUUCCACAUUGGCGAUAUAUUUGCUUUUUGUUACGCGCUGGGGACCAAGAUUUAUGGACAACCGCAAGCCCUUUGAGCUAAAGACACUUAUCAUUGUACACAAUAUAGUCCAGGUGCUCUCAUGCAUUUUUGUUGUCUAUGAGAUACUGUAUAUAUCAGAGAAUACCAUAUUGUUCUUUUGGAGAUGCAGCAAUUUAGAGGAGACGCCCGAGCGUUUAAGUCGGCACUUUCGACUGUCUUACUUCCUCUUCUGGCUGAAGAUAUCGGAGCUCGUCGAGACAGUAAUAUUUGUGCUGCGCAAGAAGCAGAAUCAAGUGACCAAGCUGCAUGUAUUCCAUCAUAUAACUACAAUAACGCUCAUCUAUAUGCUGAUAAAUCACAAUGAAAAUGGCAUUGAUGCAUUGUUUCCCAUAUUCCUCAACUCAAAUGUACAUAUUAUAAUGUACUCGUAUUACUUGAUAGCGGCUGUGGCGGAUAAGAAAAUCGUGGCUGCUUUACAGCCUGUCAAGAAGUCGAUUACGGUUAUCCAGAUGGUGCAGUUCCUGUUCAUAUUGGCACAUACGGCAUCCACUUCGUUAACCUGUGGUGUGCCCAAUUUGAUUUUGAUGUACUUCUCUCUGGUGAUUACGCUCAUGUUAUAUGGAUUCUAUGAUUUCUAUACAAAGUCCUACAAAAAGAAGAGCUCAAAACGAUCGCACAGCAGCUGAGUAUUAAACUGAGUCACAAGUAAACACACACACAUAUAAAUGCACCAACAGUUAAACAAACAUACUCUUGUGUACACAAAUAUAUACAUAUGUACGUUUAUACUCAA